AUGACGAGCGCAUGGCCCAUGGCUUUUGUGCAAUGGAGAUGCUGGCACGGCGUCUUGCACACACUCUCGACUCUCGCUCUGUCUUUCUUAGCGGGCUAUGCUGAUGUCAUCACCUAUAUGCGCUAUGGAAGCUUUGCAGCGAGCAUGACGGGCAACGUGGUCUUUGCGGGCCGGGAGCUUGCCAAGGGCUCCUGGGACGUCUUCUUCUAUAUCUCGAUUAUGGCCUCCUGGGCUUUGGGCUCAUCGGCGUAUACUGAAGUUGCAAGGAUGUGCCCUCAGAGAGGUGGCUCGUGGACGGCGGUUGCGAUAGCAGUGAAGCUCACCUGCAGUGCCCGGAUAUCCACUGCUGUCGAUGUCGGGUACAAUAUCAGCGCCUACAAUGGUGCUUCUUCUCGCUGGUGGAUUCUUGGGCUUAUGCCCGUCUUUGGCGUAGCGGAGGCUUUUGCGCUGCAGCACUUGAGUCUUCCAACGACUGGUGUGGCGAAACACCUGUUCAAUCUUUCAAGGCUUUGCGAGCUCUUUCGCAAGGAGACAGCCGACACCGUGCGAGAGGAUGUCAUGCUCAGUGGAGUCAUGAUCUGUGGGAUGAUUGGCGGUGCGGUGCUAGGAGAGCGGCUGGUUGCAACUUUUGGACUGCAAGUGCGAUGGUGUUUCAUGCCGGUGUCGCCGCUUGUCGCCCUUGCGGUCUGCAUGCACGAAUGGUUACAUUCCUGGAAGCAUGCUCGUACCAGGACUAGACUAUUGAACUAUGACUAUCGCUCCAGGCAGGCCGGAGUUGACGUCCGAAGAGCGGACGUCUUCACGGCCUUCUGCCGAUUCUUAGACUCGGCCAGCUACACAAGACUUCGAAGUCAGGGCCUGGAGACUCAAAUAGGCACUGGUAGCAUAUACCAAUUUAGGCUGUGUUCGACUCGUCGCUUGUGGUGUCUCCUUGGCUCCUUGACCAUGGGAAACCAAAGCUCUCGUGUUGCACCGGCUGGAGUGGUGCCCAGCGCGGACGGUGGUGUCGUCGUGAAUGUCGUGAAUGUGGCGCGCAGCGAGAACAAGUCGGGCACGGCUAUUGCGACGAUUCUCUUGGACCAGAACGAUGAGAUUCAGCGAUGCUUCAAGGAUGCUGCGAGCGCAGCUGGGCCGGCAAAGCAGCCUCAAGUUCUGCCGGUGAUGCCAAGUGCCUUUGCGCAGCAAAUACAAGAGUGGGCCGUGGCCUGCGAAACCGAAGCGUACGAAAGUGAGAUUGGCAGCCGUGCGCACAGCUUCUCCGUGCCGAUGCUGGUGGCAAGUCAAUCUGGGCAGACCGAGAAGGCCCAGGAGCUGAUGAGCGACAUGGAGGCUUCUUUGAACGAGGAGGUCAGUUCCAAGAAGAUCUCGCCCUCCACCGAAGCUUGGAUGCUAGGGCGCCUAUUGGCUGCAAACUGCCAUCUCCGUGCCGAAGCCGAAGGGAUCGCCGAGAAGCUGCGAGGCGUGCUCGACCAAAUCUUGGCACGGCGUCUAGCGCAGCCGGAGAGCCUGGAGACGGCCGAUGCUGCCGAGUCCUGG